AUGAUGUUGGCGCUGGGGUCCCCUUCGUUCGGGUGCAUCGUGACAGCUGACGCCGGGAUUAUCGCUGGGUACCGCAUAGUCACCACCAUGAUCGCCGCACUCUCCUUUGCCACCAACGGCUUCGCGUCGGCCCCGACGACGCCCGAUUCGUGCCCGCCUGAGUCGAUGGACCUCCUAGUGUACCUCAACGCGCAGAGUUCCGCGGUCGAUUUUAUGACGAAUGUCUUGCACAUGGCCGACCACACCACGCCCGCCGCGACCGUCAUGGCCGAGAUGAUGACCAACUUCAAGCCCAUCGGCUCGCACACGCAGCACAUCUGCGAGGCGACUGACAUUCUGUACGCGGACCCGGCGAUGGACCCGGUCGACGGCCAGUCGGGCGACGUCAACUACCCGUACGGCGACAUUAAGGUGCUCCUCACCGUGGGCGAGUACCUCCCGUCCAAUGGCUACAUGCUGGUCGGUGUGCCCGAUGGCAUGGGUGCCAUGCUCAAGGACGACAGCACGGUGCGGAUUGUCUUCCAGUCGGAGUCGUACGGCCCGAUGUACUACGAGUCUUACCCGUUCAUCGUCAACCCCGACGGCGCCUCCUUCACCGGCUCGCACGUCAUGUACGUCGACUACGACCGCGAUUCGCUCGCCGAGUUCAUGUCCAACGGGCGCUCGGCCGAGGGCAUGGUGAAGGACGCCGGCAACCUGAUCGAGUCGGUGUACAACCUGAAGGCCCGCCGCUCCGCCUCCACCCUCCGCCUCGCCCGCCACGCCUCGCAUCGCUGGGGCAACCUGGUCGAGCAGCGCUCCGAGGACGGGUGCACCACCCACCCGCACUACUCCAACACCGACCCGGAAGGCUGCGGCAUGUGGGAGAACAUCAUGAACACGGGCACGCCGACCGACGCCGACUGGCUGAUGCAGUCGCUCUGCUCGGCGCACCUUGCUGAGCUAGUUCACACCGCGCCACGCGUCGCGCCGCCGGCCAAGCCCAGCCUCUCCGCGGUCGAGUUGGUCGAGCUGGCGGGGCCGGCGAAGAUUUCGGGGACCAAUGAGGCGGGCUGCCGCUCACGCUCAGUCCUUGCCAAGGUCGACGCGAGCACCGGCGAUGCGAUCGUGCGCUGCGAGCAAUCGACAGCAAGCGCUGUCGAUGUCGAGGCCACCGAUCCAGACGCCACCCUCACAGCAGCUAUUUUGACUGUGGCGCAGCUCGCGUUACAAAACCUUGAUGUGACCAUUUGCGCAAAAAGGUACAUCUCGGCAGCCUGGGAACGGUGGCGGUCAGAGGCAAAGCCUGCGAGGGGUGGUGGAACCACAUGUCACGGCUACCGCCGGCUCGACCCCACGAUAGCCUCCGGAGGCUGA